AUAAACGGUGGGAAAGGGACCUUUUCCUCCAUCCUGAAGACUCAACAGCUUUGCAUCUUCUCCCAGCACACCUCAGCUCUCCACCGGCCUUGCAGUUGUUUAUCUGCAUCACCUCAGAGUUUGGUGCCACGGAUACCUCAGUGCAACCCCUCAGGGUCACCUCAGUGCCUGGGCUGAAGGAGAUGAGCCUGCAGGGAGGGGACAUGAUGUGGAAGCCCAUGUGUGGCUGCCUGGACUGGGGACUCUGGAUUUCUUUGUCCUUCUAGAACCAUCCCAGAACUCAUCCUGCUUCUCUAACAGUCCACAGUUGUACCCUAACCCUGUAUACAUGUAUGAUGCUGCCUAUCCAGAGUGAAGCAGGAGAUCCCACGUUCACUUUUGCAAUAAAACCUUUGGAAAUCCCCCCCUGUCCCUUCCCCUGCUCCCCCUGCCACUUUCCAUGAUUCCAUCCCAAAUGUCGGAGCCUUGGAGCUCCCAGGGGUGACGUGGGGCUGCUUCCCAGUGCUCCCAGUCUGCCCAGUCACCCUGGAGGGCUUCAGGGGGGGCGAUGGCACACAAGUGCUGCUGGGGGGGUCCCACCUCACUUCUGUUUGUUUUGUGCUUCCCGAGCUGGGCAAAACCGAUUUUUGGGUUUUUCUGCCCGAACUCUGUCCCCCUCCUCCGCUCGGGCAAAAGGGAUUUGGGGCCGUUUUUUCCCCCUUUUCGGAGGGAAAUCGGGUGCGUUUGUGCACCGUGGCCGGCAGGGGAUGCGCACGAGCCGGGAAUUCCCGCGGACAUUCCCUCGGUCCUGUCCCGCCCCGAGCGGCCCCCGCAGCCCCCACGGGACCCCAAAAGCAACUGUGGGGGCAGCCCCAGAAACCAGGACUUGGCCCCUCGGGCGCUUGGAGCUGCACGAGGAGGGUAAAGGAUCCCCCGGUGCCCCCCAGGAGCGACUCUGCCCCCCCAGAACGGGGCCGUGUCCUGACUGAUGGGGUCGAGGGGGACAAAGGGGGUGUCAGACAAGUGGGGAAAAACCCCCCUAAAUGACCUGGGGGUGUCAGCUCCUCCUGCCCUGCCUGGUUCUGACCCUCCCAUGGCUGCAGCAUUUCUGCCACCACCCCAUCCCUGAGAGAUGCUCUUUGGGGAAGCAACACCAAAUAUCACCUGUCACGUUUCAGCCUCACCCCCCAAAAAACCUCAGUCACUGGCUUUUUGAGUUAAUUUAAUAAAUUAAUUUGAUUAAUGUCAUAAAUUUCCGCCUGUUCGGCCCAACCCUGCACGUGUUCCUGCACCUCCAGGUGAGCCCCCUCCUCCUCCUCCUGACUGGGGACACCCUAAACCCUUUCCCCAGGCACAGGGGAGACUGAAGAAUAUAAAGAUAUGUUUAAAAAAAAACCCCAAAGAAACAUAAAAGGCCCGGUUGGUGCCAUUUCCUGGGACCGGACGCACGUUGGUCACGAGGUGAGAAGGUGUCCGAGUCUGGUGUCGCUCUCGGGACACGCCAACGACCUCCAGAGCCACCAUGGCUGGGGAAAUGGGUCAUGCCAAUCUGAGACAUCCUGGGAAUGAGCCUUCCCCGGCUGAGAAAUGUCCUGCUCCUGCCCCGUGCCCGUGGUGGCACAGAGUCCUCCUCACAGCCGGGGCGCUGGGGCACCUCGUCCUGCUGGUGCUGGUGGUGCUCCGAAAUGUGAGUGUUUUUCAGGGCUCUCCAGGUCCUGAAAGUGACACCAGAGUUGAGAUCCAGGCCAGGAACCAGACGGAGCGAUGCAUCUUCCCAUCCCUGGUGCGGUACUUCUGCCAGCCCCAGGGGCAGAGCCCCCCAGCCCCUGCUGGCUGCAAGUUGUGCCCCCAGGACUGGCAGCUCCGUGGGGAGAGAUGCUACUGGCUCUCCAAGGAAUCAGGAAACUGGACUCGGGGCAGGAAAAGCUGCCAAGAUCAGGACUCCGAGCUGGUGGUGCUCAAGAAUGAGACAGAAAUGGAGAACGUCGAGAGUGUCACAGGCAGGCGCCCGUGGUCGGUGUGGGUCGGGUUGAGGUCACAGCAGAAGGAGUGGACGUGGGUGGACGACACCCCCUACAACCCCCACAGGUUUGGGGUCCUGCGGGAGCUGGAUGAAGGGUGUGGGACCCUGAAAGGCAAGAGCUUGGAUGUUGAUGUCUGUGCCAGUGACCACAAGUGGAUUUGCCAAAAAGCCCCUUUCCAGCUCUCCCCGCCCACGGCAGGAGACGUUGGGAAGCUGGAUGAUGCCUCCACCUGACACUCUCAGGCAACAGACCCUGUGUGGUAUAACAAAAUCAUUUAUUACAGUUCUUUCAUGGUUUAUCCACCUCGUUACAUCAGCAGUAAAUUCCAGUCAGUAGCUUUUCUCUAUAUCCACUUUUUAGUUAAGCAUUCUCUACCCAUGAGAAAAAUACUCCCAAGCAAUUUCACACACACACAGAUACAUCUCACCAUGUCUAUAUUCAGAUUGCCAAGUUCCCCUUAAGUUUCUCCCAGAGUCACAUAAUCUCGCUUCCCAUCACUUCAGUGUUAUUUUUAUGCUUUUACAUUACUGUAGAUAACAAUAAGCCAAGCGGCUCCAUCCCUGCUUUCCUUUGUAACCAA